GCAAGAUCUCCAGUACAGCUACCACCAUUGCCUCCUCUUGGCCGCCAUCCUCGUGCUCCCACUUCUCCUUGUCAAGCUCAGGCGGCACGGGAGCGGCCGCGAGACUAACCUGCCCCCGGGGCCAUGGCCACUGCCGCUCAUCGGCAGCAUGCACCUCCUCGUCGGCGUACUCCCGCACCUCGCCAUGCGGGACCUCGCCCGUCGGCUCGGCGCUCCGCUCAUGCUGCUCCGCCUAGGUGAGCUUCGCGUCGUCGUUGCCUCGUCGGCGGCCGCCGCGAGGGCGGUCAUGAGGACCCACGACGCCGCGCUCGCCACCCGACCGCUGACCGCCACCAUCCGCGCGCUCACCAGAAGGGACGGCCUCGGCGUGGUGUUCGCGCCGCAGGGCGAGCACUGGCGCCAGCUCCGCAAGCUCUGCGUCAACGAGAUCCUCAGCGCGCGGCGGGUCCGGUCCUUCCGCGGCUCCCGCGAAGCAGAGGCCGCCGCCCUCGUCGCGUCCAUCGCGUCGCUGUCGUCGACGUCCGAGCCGGUGAACAUCAGCUCCCUCCUCGCCACCUACGUCACCGACACGGCGGUGCGCGCUGUGGCGGGCGACCGAAUGAGGGACCGCGACGCCUUCCUUGAGUGCGUGGACGAGGGCAUCAAGGUGUCUGCCGGGUUCACCCUCGCCGACCUGUUCCCGUCCUCACGCCUCGCACGCGCACUCAGCGGGAUGGCGCGACGCGCGGAGCUGCAGGGUGUCAAGAUGAGCGGGAUCAUGGACGAUGUCCUCGAGGAGCACCGCGUGAGGAGGUCGGCCACCGGUGCGGGGGACGAGGAAGAAGACAUCGUGGACGUUCUGCUGAGGCUCCAGACGGACGGCGGGCUUCACGUUCCUCUCGAGACGGGAACCAUCCGCGCCGUGAUCAACGAUCUGUUGGGCGCUGGGAGCGAGACCUCGGCGACGACGCUCCACUGGGCCAUGGCGGAGCUGAUGCGCGACCCGAAGAAGCUCCGCAGGGCGCAGGACGAGGUGCGCGGAGCCUUCGCCGGGGAUAGCCGUGUCCGGGAGGAGGCCCUGCCGGAGCUCCGGUACCUGCAGCUUGUAAUAAAGGAGACGCUCCGGCUGCACCCGGCUGUGCCGCUGCUCGUUCCGCGAGAGUGCCAGGAGCCCUGCCGCAUCCUCGGCUACGACGUGCCGGUGGGCACCAUGGUGCUCGUCAACGCAUGGGCGAUCGGGCGGGACGUCGAGAGAUGGGGCAAGGAUGCCGAGGAGUUCAGACCGGAGAGGUUCGAGGAGGCCGGCAACUGCGCGGUGGACUUCAAGGGGACGGACUUCGAGCUCGUGCCGUUCGGCGCGGGACGGAGGAUAUGCCCCGGCAUAGCGCUGGGCGUCGCUGUCAUGGAGCUCGCGCUGGCGAGCCUCCUCUUCCAUUUCGACUGGGAGCUCCCUGGCGGCGCCGCCCCGCAUGAGCUGGAUAUGACGGAGGCAUUCGGGAUCACGACGAGGAGGAAGAGCGACCUAUGGCUGCACGCCACUGUUUGCGUGCCUCUUCCUAGCCUCUAGAUACAAUCAUACAAUGCUGCUCAUGCAUGGAUUGCCUUCUCCAUCAGGCUUUGUUCGGUUCCAGGAGAUUAAACCCCUGCAGGGAUUGGGAGAACCCUACUCGUCACACCAAUCCUCUCCAUAUUUCCUUCUGGUCCCUGCCAGUCUGCCACAAUAUAUUGAUUUUCGGUU